UUCAUCAAACCGCCCAAACCGCUCGCACCGUACCACACCGCAAAAAAAGUGCGGUUUGAAAUUCUUUGCAGUGCGGUCGCGGUUUGAAUUUUUCCUAAACCGCGCGGUUCAAACCGCACCGCACCGCAUAUUAUAAAAAUACCAAUUUUUAUAUUUAUUUAGGUCCAAUAUGUAAAUAUUCAACUUAAAGUCUACUAUUCUUUCAAAUAAAAAAAAACUUAAAGUCUACUAAUUAUUGUACUGUUGACACUUAAUUUUUUUUUCAUAUUUAUUUUCAAGUCUUAUGGUAUUUUGACAUGUUUUGACAGUAUUUUUGUAAAAAAAUAGCAAAAGUUUGUACACGAUGUAAAUUUCCCAAAAUAAUAAUAAAAUUACAAAAAUAAUUUUGAAUAUUUUUACAUUUUUUUUAUUUUAUUUACAAAAAACCUUUUCUUUUAAUUUUUUUAUUUUAAUUUUUUAUUUCUUUUCUCAUUUGCUUUUAACAAAAGUGGACAACAAAAAUCGAACUGAUCUAACAUAUGGUGUGGGCUUUAAAAGUGGGCCAUUUCAGCCCAAUGUCAAUGGCCUUCCGAUUCUCAGGUCCAUAUGGGAGAGAUUCAAUAACAUAAGUGAAGUGACAACAGUUGAGUUAGAGUUGCCGCUGGGGGUGAGGUUUAUCAGACAAGAGAGGAUAGAAUGAAGAUUCCAACGAUGAUGUUUGCACAAACCCUAGACUCUUAAUCAUUCUCGCCGCUGCUCCGCUCUCUUCUCCGCUCUCAUGUGCCCGACCAUGGUUCUAAACGGAAGCUCUUUGCCCACUGGGUGUUUCUCUAUAAAUCUCAGAACAAACAAGACAUUGAUACAUGGAUCCGGUACUUCAUGCGUUCCUCAUUUGCAAAGUAAAGGUUCUUUUUCCAGAAUCAGCUCAUGGAUGCCACCCCUUCAUCUCUCUGCUGUUUCAUCUCCACUACUAAGUGGGGAUCAAGGUAGCCUGUUGCGUGCCAUCCCCUUGUUACCAAAGCGUUGCAGGCAAGGUACUUCUAUUAGGGCAGCUAAGGAUGUCCCAACUAGUUUUAGGUUCCCGCCAAUGACUAAGAAGCCUAGAUGGUGGUGGAGAAUGCUGGCAUGUCUUCCUUAUCUAAUGCCCCUCCAUGAAACCUGGAUGUAUGCUGAGACAGCUUAUCAUCUACACCCUUUUCUUGAAGACUUGGAAUUCGCAACAUACCCUUUUCUUACCGCCAUUGGAAGUUUGCCGAGCUGGUUCUUGAUGGCAUACUUCUUUGUUGCAUAUCUUGGAAUUGUGAGAAGAAAGGAAUGGCCUCACUUCUUCAGGUUUCAUGUAGUGAUGGGGAUGUUACUCGAAAUCGCACUGCAAGUGAUAGGAACUGUCAGCCGUUGGAUGCCUCUUGCUCUGUACUGGGGCAAAGUCGGGAUGCAUUUCUGGACAGGGGUUGCUUUUGCUUACCUUUUUACAGUUUUGGAAUGCUUGCGCUGUUCUCUUGCUGGUAUGUAUGCUGACAUCCCUUUCGUUUGUGAUGCUGCUUAUAUUCAAAUCCCAUAUGAUUAAGAUGGAAAAUGACAUCUUGGUCUUCGUUUUCUGUUGAGACUGUUGUAUAUCUUGUAACUUGACCGGCUUUGUUUCUGCUGAAAUGGGAUUAGAAAUUUUAAUGGCA